AUGGUAGAAACGCUGGAAAAAGAAGCUGGAGGACGGCAGCGCAUAGAAGAUCUGGAAAGGCCACAACUCGACAACCGCUCUUACCGAGUCAUCACCCUAUCGAAUCAAUUAGAGGUUCUCCUGAUACACGACGUGGAGACAGACAAGGCUAGUGCGGCGCUGGAUGUCAACGUGGGCAGCUUCAGCGAUCCGCCAGAUAUGCCGGGUAUCGCACACGCGGUGGAGCACCUGCUGUUCAUGGGGACUGAAAAGUACCCAGAGGAGAAUGCCUACAGUCAGUAUCUGACGCGCCACGGCGGAUACUCGAAUGCCUUUACAUCCUCCACUUCGACCAACUACUACUUCGAGCUUUCAUAUCCUUCGUCCACGCCUGCGUGCAGUCAAACCGCAUCGCCGGAAGUGUCACAAACAAACCUGGCAAGGUCCAAAGAUGACUCGCCGCUAUGGGGAGGGAUGGAUCGCUUUGGCCAGUUCUUCAUCAGCCCACUAUUCUUGGAAGACACAAUUGAUCGCGAGCUCAAGGCGGUGGACUCAGAGCACAAGAAGAAUCUCCAAGAUGACACUUGGCGGAUGAUUCAGCUUGACAAAGCAUUGGCCAAUCCAGGCCAUCCGUACCACCGCUUCUCGACAGGAAAUUACAGGACUCUACACGAUGGCCCUGUAACGCGUGGUGUAAGAAUCCGCGACGAGUUCAUCAAGUUCUAUUUAACGCACUACUCGGCGAACCGUAUGAAGUUGGUUGUCCUAGGUCGAGAGAGCUUGGAUACUCUGGAAGCAUGGGUAGAGCAGAUCUUUGCUAGAGUGCCGAACAAGAACCUGGGCCAGAAUUGCUGGGAUAUGCCCGUUUAUACCGAGAACGAACUGCUGACGCAGACCUUCGCCAGACCAGUUUUAGAGUCUCGGUCACUAGAGCUUUAA